AAGGCAUAACUAUAAAAAAUAAAACAUAAAAAUGUUGAAGGAAAAUUAUAGCCUCAAUUGGAGGGAAACUUUUCUAAACAAUGCAGGAAACCCAGACAACUUAAAGGAAAAUAUGAUUAGGUAUGUUGUAUUUAAUUACAUACAAUGUAAAUUUUCCUUGUGAAAAAAAAGCAUCAUAAACAAAGAGAAGAGACAAACAACAAAUUGGGAGAAAGUAUUUGCCUAAAGAAAUGGCAGAUGGGUUAAUAUCUCUAAUAUAGAGAAAGUUCCUAAAAGUUGAGUUAAGAAAUAUAAAGAAUAUGAACACACACAAUUCAUAGACAAGGGAAUACUAAUGACCAAUAAGCAUAUGAAAAGAUCCUCAACCUCACUAAUCAUGGAAAUGCAACAUAAAACAAAUCUAAUUUUUCAUCUGUCAGAUUGGCAAACAUUUUAAAGUACAGAUAAUACUCAGAGCUGGCAAGGGCACAAGGAAAUGUACACUAUUAAGCAUUCUUGGUGAACAUCUGAUUCUCAACAGUCUUUUUGGAGAGCAAUCUGUUUAUAGUAGAAAAAAGUUUUAAUCCUCAUAUUCUUUGACCCAGCAAUCCAAUUUAACUUAAAAUAUAUACAUAUAUAUAUAUAAGAAAACAGCCCUACUGUCUCCCUACAUCUCUCCCUCCCCUGCCCUCCCAGUAUAUCUCACUUGGUUUACCACCUCAAUUCCCAGCCAGUUGGACUCUAAUGCCCAAGCCCUCCUCUACCUCUAUCAUACUCUAGCCAAUCAAAGCUAGUGCCUGGGAUGGGGAGAUGGUCUUGGAGCCCUGGAAGGCUUUGUCUAGUGGGUCCCCCUGUGCUUUCAGGAGACUGAAGCCAAGGAUACCAGCAGAGCCAACAUUUGCUUCAAGUUCCUGGGCCUGCUGACAGCGUGCAGGAUGCUGAUGGAAACUGGCAGAGGCUGCUGUGCCCUGGCCAUCCUGCUGGCAAUUGUGGACAUCCAGUCCGGUGGAUGCAUUAACAUCACCAGCUCAGCUUCCCAGGAAGGAACACAACUAAACUUCAUCUGUACUGUGUGGCAUAAGAAAGAAGAGGCUGAGGGGUUGGUAGUGUUUUUGUGCAAGGACAAGUCUGGAGACUGUUUUCCUGAGACCAGUUUAAAACAGCUGAGACUUAAAAGGGAUCCUGGGAUAGAUGGUGGUGUUGGUGAAAUAUCAUCUGAGUUAGUGUUCACCAUAAGCCAAGUCACACCGUCACACAGUGGGACCUACCAGUGUUGUGCCACAAGCCAGAAGUCAGGUAUCCGCCUUCAGGGCCAUUUCUUCUCCCUUCUAGUCACAGAGACAGGGAACUACACAGUGACGGGACUGAAACAAAGACAACACCUUGAGUUCAGCCAUAGUGAAGGCACUCUCAGUUCAGGCUUCCUACAAGAAAAGGUCUGGGUAAUGCUGGUCACCAGCCUCGUGGUCCUUCAAGGUACGUCCAAAAGAGCCGUAAGCACCCCAAGCAAUGAGGGUGCUAUUGUAUUUCUGCCAUCUUGCUUAUUCUCCAGGAGGAGAAGGUUGGAAAGGAAGUCCAGAGGGAGAGGAAAAUGUUACUCAAGCCCUGGUUAUCCAUAGGAAAGUUCAAACCAGUUUCACUGAUCCAAAAGCACUAAAGAGGAAGACAGAUAAAUCAGACUUUCCAAAGGGUAGGAGGUAAGACUUAUUAGGAAAGAAGGCCUGUGAGAGAGGCAAGUUAGUAUAACCACCUCUACUCACUGCGUGAACAGAGGACUAUAAGUUGAAGCAACAGAUUCUUGACUAUUAGAGGAAGAACAAGAGACAGACUUGGUUUGGAGAUGGUUUUUUGUAUUUUGUUUUUUUCAGAUGGAGUCUCGCUGUGUCGCCCAGGCUGGAGUGCAGUGGCACAGUCUC